UGCCACUACAGUACUAGUCUAGUCUAGACACUAGUUAUUCGUGCUCUCGCCCGUCGUCAUCCUCCUCUGUCCGUCCUCCUCAUCCGCCCUCCUCGCUCCCUAUUCUCCCGUCCUCCUCUCCUCUCAUCUGACUCGACAGAGCGAUGUAACCGUCUCGCGUCGUCGGAGCCGCCUCUGAUCUUUCCGCCAGUCUCCCGCCUCGUCUCAUUCUGCUUCAUUAGUUUCCACAACGUAAAGCCGUUAGUUGUUACAACGUUACAACAGUGGAACAACUUUACUCAUUUAUCUUGAAGAUAGGAUGACUUUACUACUACGUAUAGCCGCUUCGUUGUAAAUAGCUGUGAGAAUUAACUAGCUGUAACCAUCUACCAGCUGUAAGUUGUAACCAUCUGGAAAUCUCAGUUUCGCGUGGUCGAGCUAGAAGCAACGGACUUCAGGGAACCAAAUUUCUUUCGGGAUUCCCAAGGGUACCGAGAUUUUGUCAGAUUUUCGAAAUCAGACGUUUUGAAAGCAUCAGUCUACUCGACUUGGACACCACCGGGGUAGCUACUAGCACCUGAGCUCAGGUUCCCAGAGUCUCACUUCAGGGUCAGGUUCCCAGGGUCGGAUUCACAAGGUCAGAUUCCCAGGGUCGGAAUACCAGAGUCGGAUUCACAGGGUCGGAUUCACAGGGUCGGAUUCACAGGGUCGGAUUCACAGGGUCCGGUUCCCAGGGUGAGCUUGGGCAGCAGGCAGUAUGGUGUCGGUGCUAACGCGCGUGAAGUACUUUUUGGAGAAGGCUGCAAUGUAUCGCUUCGUGUUCGUUGCUUCUCACUUGAUGCAGCACCCAGGAACAGAUCCGCCUAUCUUUCAACUCGUGGAACGGAUUGCUCGAGUGCUGAUCGAUCGCCGCUUGUUCGUAACUUCAAUGAAACCGACUGCGGCCGGAGGUGAAUCCCUGAAGCCGAUUAUAAGGGGUACAAAGGACGAGUGGGUGCUCUGCCGGUAUAUGCUGCCUCCUGGCUUGCACGACAUUUCAGUUGGCGAUGUCGUGGCGAUGAGAUUUGACCCUUCAAAAGUUACUACUCGUUCCGAUGCAAAUCCAGUCAAUACUGAGGCGACAACAGAGGCAGCAGCCAGGGAAGAACCACCAAUCGGGACAGCUGCUCGACCAAAGCCUGCUCUUUCGUUUAAAGCGAACAAUCCCAAGAAGGCAAGGAGAAGGGAAAGGGCGGCGCAGGCAAAGGCUGCUAUUCCUGCCUCUGGCUCUGCCAAUCUAGAGGCAGCAGCAGCAGCAGCAGCAGCAGCUGGUUUGGACCAUGAGGGUUCGACUCCUGGUGAGGCGGAAUCAGCAGACAAGCCCCUCCCAAUUGCCUUUCGGCGAGUGGCAGCCGUUGCUGGAGACGAGAUGGUGUCAUCUCAGCCGUCGGAUGAGCCGUUUCGGAUCGAGAAGGAUCAUUUCUGGCUGCUUGCUGACGACCCUGCUGUUCCUGCAAAGGAGGCUAUAGACAGUCGCACCCUUGGCCCUGUGCGCUUAGAUUACAUUUCAGGGCGGGCACUGUAUGUGGUGCGCUCAGCGGUGGAUCAUGAGCCCAUACAGAACAGUCCACUGGCCAUGCGCGACGAUGCAGCAGUUAUGGCGAUGGAAUGCAACAUUGAAGAUCUUCUGAAGAGAAUAAAAAGUGAGCUUAUCAUCAAAUCCCAGUAAUUUGACUUUGUGUAUUUGUUGGAUUGUGUAUAAAUGUAUGUCCUAUUGGUGAUGACUGCAUCGCGUGGGAUCAUUAACUUGCACCACAUCCCUGAUAAAAUAGCUGCAGAUGCAGAAAUAAUCAGGGAGAGUUGGAGCCGUUGGAUGUUAUGUAUGUAGGUAAUAAUUGCACGUUGUUUUUUGUUAUGAGCUAGAAAACCAGAAGGCUUUAGCAACUGAGGCAGAAC